AGUGAGGCCAAACAUCAGGAAACAGAGGGCUGCAUUCAGGAGAGUGAAAAUGAGGGACAGGCAGAGGGACAGCAGAUGUUUCCAUAUAAUGUGGCAGAAUUUGUCCCUAUUUUUCUGGAGGAAGAUGAAGCUCUUGAAGAGGCAAUUCAGCGUAGCCUCCUAGAAGAGUCUGAUAGACAGAGUGAAGUUCAUAUUUCAAGGUCUUUUAAGAAGCUCAGCAAAGAAGAAAUUGAAGGUCUUCUUAGAGCUCAUAGUGAGAAAGUCAUUACACCAGGAACAAGACAACUCCAUAUCAGUCGAGCCAAUGUGUGGUCGACUGCUUUGCGUCAGUUCAAGAGACCCAAGUUUGCAGAAAGCUGUGAGAUGCUUUAUGUCACAUUUGCAAGCGAUGAACAUGAUACAGAGGAAGAUGCUGCUGACCUUGGGGGGCCAAUGCGUUAGUUUUUCCGUUUACUGGUGAAGGCCAUCUUUCAGGACAGUGGUGCUUUUGAAGCUACACCAAAUGGAUGCACACUGAAAUUUAACAUCCUACACUUGCAAAAUGGAGUAUAUCGAACCAUUGGCAGGAUGUUGUCCACGAUAAUAGUGCAAGGUGGAGAAGCACCAGCCUUUCUCUCUCCACAUGUAGUAGACUACGUUGUGUCAGGAGACAUUCUUCAAGUACACCUAACACCGGAUGAUAUAGGUGACCCUGAGUUAAGAGAGAAUCUGAAAAAGGUUGUAAAUGCAACAACUCAACAUGAUUUGGAGAAAGCAGUCAGCUGCUGCGACUCAUGGCGAUAUCAAGUUGAAGGUCUUCCACUCACAGUCACCAUGGCCAAUAAAGAUCUGUUUGUGAAAAAUGCAGCUCUAUACCUUGUAGUCCUGCAACGGCAAAGCUGUUUCGAUCAACUAACUGAUGGCUUGUCCUACUAUGGAAUUUUAUCACUCCUGAGAGAGAACCCCAGUUUGCGUGUUCUGCUUGACCUAUCGGGGGAGGACAAAGAUCUGGCAGCCAGUUUAAUUGCUGGGGUUCUCAGGCCAAGCUAUUCUGUCCUUGGGAGCAACAGAAGAGUUAGAGAGGAGCUGAUGGUGGUCAAAUUUCGGGAAUUUCUCCAGUGUGUCGAAAAUAAAGAGCUGAGAGACGCACUUGGAGAAAGGACUCUUACCAAGGAUGAAGAGGCAUUUGUGAAGGCUUUGAGGCCUGGUCACAUCUUGGCUUUUGCCACCGGGAGCAGCAAGGUUCCAGCCAUAGGUUUUCAACCAGCUCCUAAAAUAACAUUCAUUCACGAUGAAAGCAAACAUCUCCCGAUUGCACACACACAUGUGCAAAUGAGCUUCAGCUUUUUGUGAAUGAAACAACAAUGGCUGAUGAUGAUGCUUUUCAUUACUGCUUCUUAGUAGCACUCAUGAAUGGAGCUUUAUUCAGCACCAUCUAAACAUGUUCCAAAAAAGUGAAAUUAAAGUGGUGGGUUUGUUA